UGCCCGACGACCACGGUCCCAGUCCUCCUUUCACAAUGGCUUCGCGACCUACCGUCUCCAUCAUCGGCAAAGAUGGUGCUCCCUCUGGAGCUACCCACACCAUUCCCGCCGUCUUCGCCAGCCCUAUCCGACCGGAUAUCGUGAAGCAGGUUCACACUGGCAUGGCCAAGAACAAGCGCCAGCCUUAUGCCGUCAGCGAGAAGGCUGGUCACCAGACCUCUGCUGAGUCUUGGGGAACUGGUCGUGCUGUUGCCCGUAUCCCCCGUGUCUCUGGUUCCGGUACCCACCGUGCUGGUCAGGCCGCCUUUGGUAACAUGUGCCGAUCCGGUCGCAUGUUCGCCCCUACCAAGAUCUGGCGCAAGUGGCACGUCAAGGUCAACCAGGGCCAGAAGCGAUAUGCUACCUGCUCUGCCCUGGCUGCUUCCGCCUCCGCCCCUCUCCUGCUCGCCCGUGGUCACCAGGUCAUGACCAUCCCCGAGGUUCCCCUGGUUGUCGACUCUGCUCUCGUUGAGGGCAGCUCCGUCGCCCGCACCUCUGCCGCCCUCGCCCUCCUCAAGGCUGUUGGCGCCGGUGCCGACCUCGAGAAGGUCAAGGGCUCCAAGAAGCUCCGUGCCGGCAAGGGCAAGCUCCGUAACCGCCGCCACCGCCAGCGCCGCGGUCCCCUGGUUGUCUACAACCCCGAGGUCGACGGCAAGGAGCUCGUCAAGGGCUUCCGCAACAUCCCCGGUGUCGAGACCUCCCCCGUCUCCGCCCUCAACCUCCUCCAGCUCGCCCCUGGUGGUCACCUCGGCCGCUUCGUCAUCUGGACCUCUGCCGCCUUCAAGGCCCUUGACGAGAUCUACGGCAGCACCACCGUUCCCUCUGCCCACAAGAAGGACUUCCUCCUGCCUUCCAACGUUGUUUCCCAGGCCGACCUUACUCGUCUGAUCAACAGCACCGAAAUCCAGAGCUCCCUCAAUGCCCCCAAGGGCGACGCCGUCACCCGACGAUCCGCCGUCCAGAAGAAGAACCCCCUGCGCAACAAGCAGGUUCUUCUGCGCCUGAACCCCUACGCGAAGGUCUUCGCUCAGGAGUCUCAGAAGAAGCAGGCUUAAAUUCAAUGACUUUCUGGGUGUGCAGCAAGUCAAAAACUGGGUUUCUUGGAGGAGGGUUUAUAUCAUGGUUUCAUAUCGAGGCGUAACGGCUUCUGGAAGGUUGAGCUCUUUGAAAUGAAAAGAACGAAAAGAGAUUUGACUAUUAACAGCGUGUGUCUUAUAAGCAAAUGUGAUUUUUUACGAAAUCAUCCUUUUUGAUGGUUUUCGCCAUACAUUGCCCUCCUCCGAUUAGACCGUGCUUGCUGUAUCAGUAUCUCACAAUGCAUGAUUCUUUGCUUCCU